AUGUGGGGCUCCUUCCAACAAGUCCUGGAGAUCCCCGGACCCCAGAAGCUCCUCAAGACCCUAAGUUCAUUGUGGUUGUCGCAGUCCAGCGAGAAGUCAACUCCAGGCACUUCUUCAUCAUGUUCUCUAUCAGAAACUAGCUGUCAGGUCAAGUAUCAUGGCCAAGACACCUGUUGUUUCAACUACCCUGGCGGGCAGAUGCUGCAGACCCAGCUCUGGGAUGUGGACCCCGCUCUCGGCCCCGAUGACUCCUGGGGUAUUCACGGUCUCUGGCCUGACCACUGUAAUGGCGGAUUCGACCAAUUCUGUGAUUCCAGACGCAAGUACAGCAAUAUAUCGCUCAUCUUGGUUGACGCUGGCCGUGGAGACCUGCUCGAAUAUAUGAGUGAGUACUGGAAAGACUUUCAUUUCGAUGAUCAGAACUUGUGGCAACAUGAGUGGAACAAGCACGGCACCUGUGUCAGCACCCUCGAAACACAUUGCUAUGAGGAUUAUCUCCCGCAGCAGGAAGUGGUAGAUUACUUUGACCGAACUGUUGAGGUUUUUAAGACCUUGCCUUCCUAUGAGUAUCUGGCCAAGGCUGGCAUCGUCCCAUCCCAUUCGCAAACAUAUGCGCUUGUGGAUAUCGAAGAUGCGCUAGAGACUGCCCACGGUCACCCCGUCACUGUCCACUGUCGGCGCGGCCAGCUCAGCGAGCUCUGGUACCACUUCAACAUUGCAGGAAGUCUGCAGACUGGGAGAUUCGUUCCCGCAAGUCCAGAUGGUCAAACUUCCAACUGUCCCCGUCGAGGCAUCCGCUACCUGCCUAAGCGGGCCCAGCCUGAGCCGACGAGGACCACAACAACCGGUGGCUCGGAGCCUACUGCUACGGGAAUCCCGUUCUCAGGCAAGGGGAACAUGAUCGUCUCCACUUUUAACCAAAUUCGCGGAUGCAUCAUCAGCUGGGGGACGUGGUACGCAUCUGGAACGUGUGCUACCUUCCGGGCCGAGAAGGCUUCAGAUGACACAUUCACCCUCAAAUCAAGCAAAGGGCUUUGCGCCAUCCAGGAGGACGCUCUCAAAUGUGGGACCCACGUCACCACCCCCAGCGAAUUCACUGUCAAAGACGACAAGCUCUGCUAUGAAGGCAACACCACAUUCUACGCCGAUAAGCCGCCCAAGGGCUUUGUGCAGAGCACAGUCUUCGCCUCGCAGGGAGAGCACCCGAUUGAACUAGAGAUUUCGUGGAAGGCUCAUGACUGGUCCUAG